CUCUCGUCAUUGUCUCGUGAGGUUUUGAUCUCCAGCAGCAUCAUGCCUGAACCAGCGAAGUCCGCGCCGAAGAAAGGCUCCAAGAAGGCCGUCACUAAGACCGCCGCGAAAGGAGGAAAGAAGCGCAGAAAGUCCAGGAAGGAGAGUUACGCCAUCUACGUGUACAAAGUGCUGAAGCAGGUUCAUCCUGACACCGGGAUCUCUUCGAAGGCGAUGGGCAUCAUGAACUCUUUCGUCAACGACAUCUUCGAGCGCAUCGCCGGUGAGUCGUCUCGUCUCGCUCACUACAACAAGCGCUCCACCAUCACUUCCCGAGAGAUCCAGACCGCCGUGCGUCUGCUGCUGCCCGGGGAGCUGGCCAAACACGCCGUGUCCGAGGGCACCAAGGCCGUCACCAAGUACACCAGCUCCAAGUAGAGCUCCGCUGCCGCUCCACACACAAAGGCUCUUUUAAGAGC